AUGUCACCAGCCACCAGCCCAGAUGAGCACCUGGGCCAAAUCAGGCGUUCCCGUCGCAGAAGCUCGACGCUCCUGAACCCAAAGUCCUACGUCGAACACACCAUAUGGAAGCUCGCGCCCAUACUCAAGGGCACAACCAAGUUCGAGCCGCUGCCCGAUGUGACGAACAUCUUGGUCACCGGCGGCGCUGGGUUCAUCGCCUGUUGGUUCGUUCGCCAUCUCGUCUUGACGUACCCUGAUCACUACAACGUCUACUCCUUUGACAAACUCGACUACUGCGCCUCGCUGAACAACACCCGGAUACUCGAGGGUCUGCCCAACUUUACCUUCGUCCAAGGCGACAUUACCUCUCCGACGGACGUUAUGCGCUGUCUCAAAUCCCACAACAUAGACAUCAUAUGCCAUUUUGCGGCGCAGUCGCACGUAGACCUCAGUUUCGGCAACUCGUACCAAUUUACGAAUACCAAUGUUUACGGCACGCAUGUCCUUUUGGAAAGCGCAAAGGCAUACGGUGUGAAGAGGUUCAUUCAUAUAUCCACAGAUGAGGUGUACGGAGAGGUCGAAUCGGAUGGCGAUGACCUCAUCGAAAGCAGUAUACUCGCACCCACAAACCCGUACUCUGCCAGCAAGGCAGCCGCCGAGAUGAUGGUAAAUGCCUACUGGAAGAGCUUCAAGCUCCCAGUCAUCAUCGUAAGGGCAAACAAUGUCUACGGACCACACCAAUUCCCAGAAAAAAUCAUUCCCAAAUUCGCCAUGCUCCUAAAUCGACGACGGAAAUUGCUCCUGCACGGGGAUGGCACUCCAACGCGCCGCUACCUCUACGCCGGGGAUACUUCAGAUGCGAUAGACACCAUACUCCACAAAGGCGCAGUGGGCCAAACCUACAACAUCGCCUCGAAAGAUGAGGUCUCGAAUCUCGGCAUCUGCCAAAGGCUUUUGGACCUGUUUGGCUUGCCCCAUAGCACACCCGAAGAACUUGGUCGUUGGGUUGAAUACACGGCAGAUCGGCCAUUCAAUGACCAUCGCUACGCCACGGACGGCACAAAGCUCGCCAAGUUGGGCUGGCAACAGCGGACAGGUUUCGAGGAAGGCUUGCGCAUCACGGUCGAAUGGUAUAGGCAAUUUGGCGAGGUUUGGUGGGGGGAUAUCGGCCGCAUCCUGACGCCAUUCCCCGUGGUGGAUGGAACGGAGAUAUUCACGCAGGAGGAGCACGCAGCGUUGGACGAGGGCGUGCAGACAGACCAGGACGAGUGUACAUGGAACGAGAGCGCUCUGUAUCAUUUACAGGCGUCGGGCGGCACGGUCUGA